AGUAAACAAGUGUUAUUUUAGGAAGAAACGUCGCAUUUUUGAGCAUUUAACUCGGUAUUUAGUGGAUGUAAGUGACUGAUAAAUUUUGUAGAAUGGAUAAAGGGCACAGUGGGAGUGCUCAGUGUGUUGCUAAUGCGCUGAAUGAGCUGGAAUCGGCGAAUCUUGCUGGAGCAGUUGGUCAGGAACAAUUUGCAGAACUCAUAGGCGAUUUCUUUGGUGGCCAGGAUGCUGUAAGUAGCGAUGGUGACUCUGAAAAUGAUGAAAGUGACACUGAGGAGGCUUCUACACUUCUUGACAUUCUUGAUAAUGAUGACCCAGGUGGUUUAGGUGAAAGUUUCGAUGAGAAUGACAAUGUUGUUGGGGAGGUUUAUUUACAUGCUGAGAAUGUACUUGAUGAUGUACAUGGUGAUGUACAUGCGGCGCACAGAGUUGAAAAUGGUGCUGGGCCUGCCCCUCUUGCUGCUGGUUAUGACUCUGAUGAAUCAGAUACUGAGGAACAGGGACCUUACGUGCAUGAUGAUGCUGAUGCUGCCAUGGAUCGCGCUGCUGACAUGAUGUUCAACCCGAAUGAAGCAAUCGAAAUGCGGAAGAUCGAGAAUUUCAAUUGUGACUGUGCUGCAUCCAGAAAGGACACUGUAUGAGAAGACUGGACACUAAUCUUGUGCAUAGCUUGCGUUUGAAUAUGCAAGAGAUGACUGAUUAUGAAAAGAACCUCGUGAUCAUUGGUAAAGUCAGUGCCAAUCUCAAUCGUUCAGAAAAAUCUAAGGGCCUCAAGCAAAAAGCAAGGAAAGAUCGCAGCCUUUCCAGUGGAUCGUACUCCGUCGAAGGGACUAGAAUCUGUCGAGAUGCCUUUAAAUUUGUGCACUGCAUAUCCCAGAAUCGUCUGACUGACUGCAUUAAGUGGUACAAGGUGAACGGCCUCACUCCUAAGGUGAAAAAGAGUGGAGGGAAGAGAAAGAUGGCCUGUUUCCUGACCCACGAUGAUAUACAGAGGACUGUGAAGUUCAUCUCCAACUACGCCGAGGACCAUGCCAUAAUCCUGCCGGGUCGAAUUCCUGGGUACAAGGACUUCAAGAUGAAGCUUCUGCCUUCUAGCACCACCAAGGCAUCUGUGUUCCGACUCUACAGAUCUGCAAUGAAUGAUGCAGGUUAUCGUGCCGUGAAAAUCACCACUUUCCGCAGACUCUGGAAUUCCCUACUUCCAUUCAUCGUCCAGGCAAAGCCAAUGACUGACCUGUGCUGGGUAUGCCAAAAGAACAACUAUCAGGUGUACCGCAGUGCCAAUCUCCCCGAUGCCGUAAAACAGCAAAGCUCAGGAAACAAGAGGAGCAUCUUCGGAUCGUUGACCUCGAACGCUCCGUGUAUCGUGAGAUGGUUGCGAUACCAUACAUGGCAACAUGCCCGAGGACCAAAUUCGCCUGGGACCAAAUCCGCCUUGUUCAAGAGAUAUUCACAUGCAGUAUUCCUUCGUCUUCGCGCAGCAGGUGCAUCUACCAAGUGACCCUUUACAGCCAGGGCCUGUGUAUUUCUUGACCCCGAGAAAAUGUGGUUUAUUUGGCAUCUGCUGUGAGGGUGUUCCACAGCAGGUGAACUACCUCAUUGAUGAAGCUUUCAGUGGAACGAAAGGCUCAUCGGCAGUGAUUAGUUACUUACAUUACUUCUUCGAAUGUUUCGGCAUAGGGGAGGAGCAUGCCGACAUGCACUGUGACAAUUGUACAGGGCAAAAUAAAAACAAGUUUGUCCUGUGGUACCUGGCAUGGAGGGUGAUGCAUGGACUGCACAAAACGAUCACUUUAAACUUCCUUAUCACAGGCCUUACCAAGUUCUCCCCAGACUGGUGCUUCGGACUGAUCAAACAGAAGUUUCGAAAGAGUCGGGUCUGUUCAGUGGCUGUGUUGGUGGAUGUGGUGAAGGCUAGCACAGUCACAGAUGUGAACUUGGCCCAACCAACGAUGGCUGGAGAAGACAACAUUGUCCAGCAAUACAACUGGAACCAAAAGCUCCAAGAAACUUGCAAGGCUGUCAAUGGUAUCAAGAAAUAUCAUCACUUCAGAUUUUGCCAUACACGACCAGGAGUUGUCUUCUGCAAGGAGUUUCAUGACUCAGAUGAGGUGGAGUUCUGCCUCCUGAAGAAUGUUGCAACACUUCCGUCUGCCGAAAUGCCAACAGUGUCAAAGCCGCCUGGGUUGCCACCUGCCCGACAAUGGUAUCUUUUCGAGAAGAUCCGGGAAUUCUGCAGUGAUGAAACACAGGACAUUACUUGCCCAAAGCCAACUGUCGCCAAACCGAGGACCAACGCACAGGAUAACGAUGAUGGAAUCGAUUCCGAUCAUGAGCCAGCUGUACCUGCAGCCACACGUGGUCGAGGACGUGGGCGUGGACGUGGACGUUAACGUGGCGAUACUGUCAAUGGCAAUGACACUGCCCCACCAGCUAAACGUGGCCGUCGUGGACGUUGGCUCUUCUGUUUACAAUGCUCAAAGACACCCUGAUGGUGAAAUGAUCUGUUAACAUUGUUUGUAACUUGCAGUACUAGUAUACAGUAAUGUCACCCAAGUUCUGGAAAAAAAUUUGGAAAUUUUUUUUUCGGGGGGGGUACUUUUUUGGGGGACCCCAACUGCUUCUGGUAAAGGUUAUAAGGAUGAUGCAAUUAAGAGCCCUGUCUGUAAAUUUAAUGGGAUGAAUGAUGCUAUUUUGAAUGUUUAAUUCUAUGGAUAACUGCUGUUGGUGUGUAUCUGGUCCGCAAGUCAGUCUGGCACCUAUAGGUGGCGCCACCUACUUUUUCUGAAUUUUUUUAGAUCUUCUUUUAAUGAAAUUUCCCCUAGUCAUCAUCUUCAUAACACAGGAUGAAAGAACUGUGAAAAAGACUGGUGUAUGAUGUUGUUCAAGGGGUACCCCUACCCCAUCAGAGGUGUCCAAACUGACCGGCAAGCAAAAAAUUACCGAUAAUUUAAUGCUGUAUUUCAUGUACAUAAGAGAUGUUAAUAUAGUCAAUGGUAUAUUUUUCCAGUAGA